AUGGCUCUAACACUACUCAUCACUACCCUCCUAGUCUGCUUCUGCAUAAAUUCCCUCCUCACCUACCUCCACCUCCGAAAAUACCCUGCCCUAACCUCCCUCUCCAGCCUCACCAACCUGUCCUACCUCUACUACCGCUCCCACCCCUUCCGAACCAAAUACCUUUACCACAAACACAAACAACACCCCAUCAUCCGCCUUGCCCCAAACACCCUUUCGUUCGCCUCUACACGAGCCAUAAAAGACAUUUACGGCCAUGGCACGCCCUGCCGCAAGGAUGAUGUGUACUAUUUGACCAUGGGCAGUCAUGCGAAUGUUCUGAAUGUUGUGGAUCGGGGGCAGCACGCGCAGAAACGGAAGAUGUUGGCACAUGCUUUUGCGGCGAGGAAUCUUGAGCGGUGGGAGGGGAAGAUUGGGGAGAAGGUUAGGAGGUUGGUUUUGCAGUUGGAUUGGCGAUGUUUGGCAGAGGGUGGAUCGGUUGAGUCGGCGGAUGUUACCGUUGAUUUUAGGGCAUGGUUGAAUCUCUUUACUGUUGAGGCUGUUGUUGACUUGGCAUUAAGUGAGAAGCUUGGUUUGCUUGGUUUAGGGGUGGAUAGGGUUGCAGUUGAGGGGGGUGAUGGGGUCAAGUACAUUGAUAGCUUGCAUUGUGGAGGCAGGUUUGUUUCUACAUUUGUGGGUGCGACGGACUGGUUUCGUUCCUUGAAGACUGUCUCAAUUUGGUUUUCUCCGUAUCUGCGCUCGCAAUGGGAGCGUGGUCAGAAUUUUGGCAUGAUCGUCCGUACCCUGGUCGAUAAACGGUUGCGGAGAGAUGAAUCUGGUGAACAGUUGGAUGACUUUCUCGACUGUUUGAUUACUGACAAAAAGGGUAAUGCGCGCUGUCUUGACAGGGGAGAAAUCGAAGCUGAAGCGGGUAUACUCUUGGACGCCGGCUCCGAUACAACCGCAAUUGCCUUGACGCACGCCUUGUACUACCUUAUCAAGAACCCACGCUCACUGGAAAUACUUAGGAAAGAGGUAGCCGAUGCGUUAUCUGAAGAAACCAUCGCACCCUACGCAAAAGUGAAAAACCUGCCCUAUCUAAAGGCAUGUCUUGACGAAUCACUGCGUCUCUCCCCUCCUGUUUCAAGAGGCGUCGAACGCAGAACGCCUCCCGGCGGCACGGAAAUUUCAGGAGAAAGCAUCCCUGGUGACGUCGCCGUUUCCGUUCCGACAUACGUUGUCCAUCGUGAUCCAACAAUAUUUUCAGACCCAGAUGAGUUUCGGCCUGAGAGAUGGUUGGAGGAUGGAGAGGAGGCUAAGCAAAUGCGGGAUGCGUUCAUCCCGUUUAGUACUGGUGCUCGUGGCUGUAUUGGACGCAAUAUAUCUAUGAUUGAGCAGCAGAUUGUGAUCGCGACGCUUGUUCAUAGAUAUGAGUUUGCGUUGCCGUAUGGUAAUUGGGAGUUGGAAUGGGAGGAAGCAUUCCUCUUGUGGCCAGCUAAGAUGCCAUUGAAGAUCUGGAGAAAAUAAAUCUCAAUGUGUUAGGAGAAUUGGUAUAUUUUUUCCAGUCAUCGUACUUUUAGUAUCGCAACAUGAUUUCAUUCAU